AUUGAACAGGUCGGAAAUAUUAUAAUGGGUGGAAUGUCGGAACCCAAAGCGGCCCCAAAUGAUACAAUUUAUCUUUGUAACUUCAGGGUUUCGGUUGACGGAGAGUGGUUAUGCUUAAAGGUACUUCCAGUUUAUUAUGUUUCUAAUAAUUUCCCACCUACCCCUGAACUAGAGAAGACGACCUUUUAUCCAAACUAUCCUAUUGGGCCUAGAGAGAGGGACCCUGUGCUGAUUGAGCGGAGUAACCUGGUCAAUAUAAGCAAACUCGUUGUAAAGGAGGUUAUAGACAGCAGUAUGAAGUUUGGGCGUCAGCUUGACUCUGAUCAUAUUCCACUUCAGCAUUUCUUUAUUGUUCUAGAACACGUACUUAGGCAUGGAAUCAAACCCAAGAAGGGUCUGCUAGGUCCUAAGAAGGAAUUAUGGGAUCUGCUACAAAAGGUUGAACUUCUUGAUACUGAAGCUCAAGAUAUAACAGCAAGUGUAAGAGAUCUUCCAACUGUCAGAACACAUAUUGGAAGAACCCGAGCUUGGUUGAGGCUAGCUCUGAUGCAGAAAAAGCUAGCAGAUUAUUUCAGAUUGUUAGUAAGUCAGCCACAACUUUUAUCCGAAUACUAUGAGGCUCCAGCUCUUCUUAGGUCUGAGGAGGCGUAUGUUAUUAGUGCAUUGCUAGUCAGUCUUAAUAUUGUAGACUGUAAUCUCUGUGUUAAGGAGGAAGAUUUAGACAGUCAACAGGGAGUGAUUGAUUUCUCCCUCUACCUUCGAACCAAGAGGGACCUGGGGGAGGAGGAUGUACUCAGUAUCUCCUCCGGGGGAGGAAGAGAGGGGGGAGGGAGCAGGGAAGGUUCAACAGCAGAAGGAGCAGAUGAGAAUAUGACCACUGUUCUAGAUCAGAAGAACUAUAUUGAAGAACUUAACAGACAUUUAAACGGCACAGUGAGUAGCUUGCAGGAGAAGGUAGAAAGUUUAUCUACCAGUAAUGCACUAAUCAAAGAAGAUCUCAACAUAUCCAAGGAUACCAUAGAGAAGGUUCAGGUGGAAAACAAGCGACUUAGAGCAGAGUUGGAAAAAUACAGAAAUAUUGAACGAAUGGCUGAAGAAGAAAUACCUUUAAUUAGAAGUAGAGUUUCCUUAGUUCAGUCUUCCUAUGAAAACGGGAUGAAGGAGUUGAGUCAGGAGUUCAGAGUCAGGUUGCAGCAGGAGAUGGUGAGGAGGGAGGAGGUGGAGGAGGAGAUGAAUAAACAGGAAAAUAUCAAGAAAGAAAUGGAGAUCACAAUUUCACAUUUGGAGAAAGAUGUUUCAGAGAAAAAGGAGAUCAUCAGUACUCUGAAAGGGCAGCUCGAGGAUAUAAAAUGCAUUAAUCUUGAAAUGUACACCAAACUAGCGGAGUGUGAAUAUGAGAUAAGUCAGAAAGGAGAACUGGUUUCUAAGCUUGAAGCAAAGACUAAGGAGAUCAGUACUAUGCUGACUAAUCUUAACAAUGUAUCAGCAGAAUGUGACAAACGUUGAGAGCAAGCCCCGAUCUCUGGAAAUGAACGAAGUCUUUGCCACAAGUCUUUUUAUCCGUAUAUAUUGCAACCCAUUGUCAUAUAUCUUAUAUAUUUCAAACUAUGAAUGUUAGAUCCAAAAUUAUCUAUGUUUGAAAUAACGAAGAAAAAUUGAGUU